GCAUGUUUCUCCUCCAAUUCACGGCCAUCUUCUGCUGUAGGUUCACAGGACCCUGGGAAAGUGAUCCAUAUCAACAAAGUCAGCCACCAGCCAGUGCGGGUCGGGCUGGCAGAAUCGGUCUCCCUGCCGUGCCUGUUUCUCUUGCAAGGCUCCAUCCCCCCAAACCCCGGUGAAUGGUCUGAUCCCCCCCGUAUCAAGUGGAGCAAAGUACAGUCUGCCACCAGACAGCCGGAAGAUCUCUCCGUGCUGGUAGCCAAGGAUAACGUGGUGAAGAUCUCCAAAAACUACGAGGGUAGAGUCGCCUUGCCCGGAUAUCCUCACCACCGAGAAAACGCCACCCUCUUGUUUCUGUCUGCUCGGGCCAGCGAUGCAGGACUUUAUCGUUGUGAGAUUGUCACUGGGAUUCAUGAUGAGCAAGACUUGGUCCCUCUGGAAGUCACAGGCGUGGUUUUUCACUACCGUGCGGCUAGCAACCGCUACGCUUUGACUUUCUCAGAGGCGCAGAAGGCCUGUGACGAGAACUCGGCAGUCAUUGCUUCUCCUGCUCAUCUUGAGAAGGCCUUUGAGGAUGGUUACGACAACUGUGACGCCGGAUGGCUCUCCGAUCACACUGUUAGGUAUCCCAUCACCCUGUCAAGACCUGGUUGCUAUGGAGAUCGCAACAGCCUCCCAGGGGUCCGCAGCUAUGGCAAGAGAGAUGUCAAAGAAGCAUACGAUGUCUACUGCUUCUCCAGAGAACUCCAAGGAAAAGUGUUUUACGCAACCAGCCCAGGUCGGCUGACCUUUCAAAUGGCCCAGAAGCACUGCCUGAGUCGAGGGGCUGAACUGGCAACCACGGGGCAGUUAUAUCUUGCCUGGCAGGAAGGACUGGACCAGUGUGACCCAGGAUGGCUGGCUGACGGGAGUGUGCGCUAUCCAAUCCGAAUCCCACGGAAGAAAUGUGGCGGAGAGGAACCUGGUGUAAGGACCACCUAUCAAUUCUCAAACCGGACUGGCUUCCCGGAUCCAGCAUCCAAAUUUGAUGCUUACUGCUACAAAGGUUUGUAGGAUUUGGGGGGGGUUAGUUUUUUUUUUUUUUUUAAAUUAUAUCUCAAUUUUUAUUUCAUUGUCUUGAUUUGGAUCCUGCUUGCUUGAAAUAUCCUGGGUAUGA